CGGUGCGGAGCAGUACAGUGUGGAGUGUGAACGACAAGUGGAUAGAAUGGCUGCUAACGAAUCAAUUCGUUUAAGAAGGAUACUGAUAUGUUCUGCUAUGAUGACCGUCAUGACGAUUGUCUACCUGUGCUCAAAGGACACCGGGCAAUGGUUCAUUCAAGCAGAAUUUCCGUAUUUGAAGGACGAAUACGAGUAUGAUGUACGCCGGACCUUGUCACUGCAAGCUUUGGAUCGACUAGAUACGUAUAUGAACUACACAGACUUCGAAGACUUCCUGUCGUUAGUGAACAUCACCACAUCAAUGGUUAGCAUAAGGAACAACAAGUCUGACGUCAGAAUCGGAGAUGACAUCACGAUCGACAUUGUAUUGUACAACGGAAGAGGACUACGGGCAACACGCGGAGGUGACAUGCUCAGGGUGUGGCUACGAGAACAUUCCCUGAAAGCUUCUGUUUCCGGUUAUGUGAUUGACCAUGACAACGGGUCCUACACGGGAGUUGUCAAAGCUAUGUGGGCCGGCAAUCCAGAGCUAAUGUUUUCUAUUGGAAAUACCAAAGAACACGUCGGAAUUUAUAUGAAUAUGGUACAUAAAUAUGGUUUGACAACUUUCCUCAGAGCAGGAUUUAAAAAACAAAAUGUGACAGAGUCAAGUUUAUGUAGCGUUGUACCAAAUAUUCCUAACGUGACGGAUUACUGUAACUUUACAGCCCAGAAUUAUAACUUCUCAUUUUUCUGUGGUAAACCGAAAAAACUAGGUUGUGAAGAUUGGGCUGUGUAUGAACAUACCUCUACACACCCUUGGAACGCGAAGCAAAAAAUAUUAUUCUUAAACUAUAAGUAUUUCAAGAAAAGUGUAGGGAAGCUGACCAUAUUAGCUGAUUCUGGUGCUGCAGGAGAAUCGAAUGUAUCCUGUCAUAACGUCAGCAGUACCAUAACAUGGCAGACCACCAAUCCGACAGGCUACCUCUACAACGGUAAUUGGCGAUCGCUGAUAUGUAAAUCAACACUCUCAUGGAAGUACGACUCCUACGCCAAGUGUCUAGAGGACCGCCCUGUACUUAUUACAGGUGAUUCUACCACAAGAAACUGGUACUCGCCUUUAACCGCACUGUUAAAGUUACGCGUAUUCGUUGGUCGCCAUGAAAUCAAGGAUAAAGCAUGGCAAAAAUUUGCUGAAGCAGAAAAUAAAAAGAAAUCAUUAUCGACGUUCUGGUCACCACACGAAAUCCCGUUCUUCAGCUACGAACAGGACAAACGCAACUUUCGAACUGUAGCAUCAAGAAUAGACGAUUUGCCUGGAAACAAAAGUGCUGUUGUUUUAUUACAUUGGUUCGGUCAUAUGGCAAGGACAACUCCGAAACAUUACAGGAAGCAUAUAACGAGUGCUAAACACGCCAUAUUACGACUGUUGAAACGUUCUCCUCGUUCAAGCAUUCUGAUAAAGGGUCCUCACUCUUUCACGUACACUAAUUUUCUCGAACCCCUAGAUUACAUCGGUAGAAUCUACGGACAGAUACUGUACGAAGAAUUCAAAGAUUUACAAGACAAGGUUUAUUAUAUAGAUCAGUGGGAUGCAACAGUAGGAAAUGAAAAUUUAGACAUACACCCACAUCAUUCCUUUGAUCUGGUUAUGACCAAUUUUGUAUUUUCAUUUAUUUGUAAGUAACCAUUUGAUACGUACGGUGGUACAUUUAGGACAUGCACAAUACCA